UUAUAUGUAGACAGCACAAAUUGUUUAUCCAUUCAUUCAUUGAUGGACAUUUGGGUUGUUUCCACUUUGGGCUAUGUGAGCAGCCUCUCUGAACCUGUGUGGACAUGUACGUGUUUGAGCAUCUGUUUUCAAUUAUUUGGGGCACUGGAAUGUUCUGCUCACCAUUCCCCUCUUCUCAGUCUGAAUUCUUACGGAGGGAAGUCAGGGAAGGUUCCCAGAGGAAGUGGCUUCUAAACUGGCACUGUCCUGACUUCCCCAUCACAUCUCACCUGGAUUUGUAGUUGCUGGUUGUCUGUCUGCUUCCUCCUGGGCUCCUGGCUCUGCCGUGAGCAGGGCCUGUGCCCUGUGCCCUGUGCCCGUGCACGGAGCCCACGCCGGGUGCACAGUAACGGUAGCUGGCACUCACCCAACACCUGGUGGUCCGUGCGCUGCCUGCUGGGCUCCUCAUCCUGUGUCUCAGGUAGUUUCUAAAUCCCUGGAGGGAGAGAGGAAUAAUUAUCCCAGUUUUACUGGUGAAGCAAAGGAAGGCAAAGUGACUUGCCCAAUGUCACACAGCUGUGGGGGGAUGCUGCUGGGCUGUCUGAUUCCAGAGUUCCUGCUGGUGACUUCUUGUUCUGAAUAAAGGAGGGGACUUGAAGAUUAAUGUUACCCCUUCAUUGUGUUCCUGACAGGCCACAGGCAGGAUGGCUGGUGCUGAACGGAGCCGGAGGUGACUCUGGGGCCCCCAGCGGCAGCUCUGUCUCCCAAAGAUGAAGUGGCCCAGGUGAAGCCCAGGCCACACCUGAUGGCCAGCUCGGGGACUGAGAUCCACUGGGCUGAACCGGGCCUGGGGAAGGGACGGCGGCGCUGGGCCUGGGUGGAGGAGAAGGAUGCAGAUAGAAGUGGCCUGCAAGGCUGGGGGGAAGAGGGGACUUUUCCCAAUGCCACCAGCCCCGAGCUCCUGGAGGACUUCCGCCUGGCCCAACUGCUGCCCCCGGAGUGGGACCCAGACCUGCAGCCUGAGGGACAUCAGGACCCCGAGUCAGGGGAGUCUUCCGGAGAAGAGAUUGAAGCGGAGGAUGUGGACAGCCCGGAAAGUUCCAGCUUGCCUGUCAACUGGCUCCCCCAGCAGGACCAGCACUUGGACAUGACUGAAGAGGAGCGAGAUGGGGUCCUCGGAAGUCCUGAGGUUGAGGACGCUGGAGAGAGCUCCCCAGCGAUGAGCUAUGAGGCUGCUGUCAGCUCAGAGGGCAAUGGGAACACCAGCCCUGUGGCCCUGGGGCAGGGGCAGGCCAGAGGCUGGGUGGCCUCCGGUAAACAAGCCAGUGGAGACAGACCUUCAGAACAUUCUGAGGUCAACCCGUUCGUUGAACUCAGCCCAGCAAGGUCCUGGAGCAGUGGGACUGUGAGCCUCGACCACGCUAGUGACAGCCUGGACUCCACCUGGGAAGGAGAGACCGAUGUCCCCCAGCCCACUGCCCUGGCAGAAGCCUUGCCACAGAGCCCCAGCCACCACCUCCUUAACCCAGAUGACAGAACUGCGGGCUGCGUUGCUUGGGCAACCCCCACGGAAUUCCAGGACCCCUCGACACCCCCAGCCCAGAACCCCCAGCAUGCCACUGAUAGACGGAGGAAAGGAACUGCCAGGCUCUCCCGCCCUCAGCCCGAGGACCAAACCUGGAAGCAGACGAAGACGUCACCUAAGCCGCUCCCCUCCCGAUUCACUGGCUCCAUCAGCCCCUUGAAUCCUCGGCCUCGGCCAGCCCGGCAGGGCAGGCCACCACCCACACAGGGAGCCACUCUGGCUGGCCGCUCCUCUUCUGAUACCCCCAAGUACGGCCGGGGGCGGCUGAACUACCCACUCCCUGAUUUCUCCAAGGUGGGGCCCCGUGUGAGGUUCCCCAAAGAUGAAAGCUACCGCCCCCCCAAGUCCCGGAGCCACAACCGGCAGCCUCAGGGCCUUGCCAGGCCCCUCAUCUUCAAGUCACCGGCCGAGAUUGUGCAGGAGGUGCUGUUGAGCAGCGGAGAAACAUCCCUGGAGAAGGACCUGCCUCCUGCCCACCCUGUCACCAGGGUACCCCAAGAGUUUCAGACACCUGAACAAGCCACUGAGCUGGUCCAUCAGCUCCAGGAAGACUACCACAAGCUCCUCACCAAGUACGCGGAGGCCGAGAACACCAUCGACCAGCUGCGCCUGGGGGCCAAGGUGAACCUGUACUCGGACCCGCCCCGGCCCAGCCACAGCGUCCAUGCAGGAACGGUGCCCCAGGGGACCAAGGUCUUGUCCUUCACCAUCCCACAACCCCGCUCAGCGGAGCGGUGGCCAGACCCCGCCGAGGACCCCCAGGCCUCUGAGGCCUCAGGGUGGCCAGCGGCUCGAGGAGACCUGAGCCCCUCCUCGCCCACCUGCAUGCCCACCCCAGGGUGGCUCUCGGAGAACCAAGGCAAUGCCAAGGACCAGCCCUCAGCGGAACAGGCCCAGCUGCUGGCCUCUCAGGCCAGCCGGUUCCUGGCCAAGGUGGAGUCCUUUGAAAGGCUGUUGCGGGCAGGACGGCUCACGGCCCGGGACCAACUCAAGGGCUUCCAGUGGCUAAAGGCUGCCCACGCGGCCCUAGAGGAGCAGUACCUGAAGGCCUGCCGGGAGCAGCACCCCGCCCAGCAGCCCGCCAGCUCCAAGGGGACACCUGGGACAUUUGAUCCCAGCAGGGAGCUGGAGGCAGAUAUUUACCACCUGGGAAUCUGCCUGGAAGAGCUGAAGGACCACAUGGACCAGACCCAGCAGGAGCCUGAGCCGUCCUGGUCAGACCCAGCCCCAGAUGGCAGCCCAGCCGUGCCCUUCGCCCACCAGCCAACACAUCCGCCCGCUCCUUCAGAACAAGCCCCCACGCCAGCAGCCAUCAAGACCCUCUACCCCGAGCCUGCCGCUGCCGCUGCUGGCCCCUGCCCGUUGCACGUGAACGAGGAGGGGAGGUCUGGCAGCAGUGAGGUGGAAGAUAGGCCUCGAGACCUCCCAGCGCCGCUCAGGCACAAGGAGCUGCAGAUGGAGCAGGAUUUCCAUGGCCUCCUGGAGCGGUACCUCAGCAUGAAGUCUCUCCCAGAUGCCAUGAGGAUGAAGGAGGAGGAGGAGGAGGAGGAGAGCCAUGCCCUGGAAGUUGAUGGACCAGCUCCAGCUCCAGGGAAAGCAGAGGCCACCAGGGUCCCCCCAAGGCAGCACCUGGCACAGGCUGAGAAAAGUCACAGUGUCCCGCUCGAGGAGGCCGUGGAGCAGAUGGUGUCUGUGAAGCCACCAGGCUUGCAGACAUCCCUGGCCAGAGACAGGCCCAGGCUGGGCCCAGGCAGGGCUGAGGCAGCCCCUCCGGGCCCUGACACGCCAGCCCACCGUCUGGGCAGCAAGUCCGCAGCAUCCCACCAGAGCAGCAUGACCAGCCUGGAGGGAAGCGGCAUCUCUGAGCGCCUUCCGCAGAAGUGUCUGCGCCUAGCCGGGGGGCCCCACCUGGAGGAGCCCUGGAUGGCAUCUCCGGAGACAGACAGUGGUUUUGUGGGCUCAGAAACCAGCAGAGUGUCACCCGUUACCCAGACCCCAGAGCACCGGCUCUCCCACGUCAGCACCCCAGGAACAGUAGCCCAGCCCUUCACUGCAACUGUGCCCCCGGAUGGAGCUUCCCACCCCAAGACCAGGGGUUCUCCGAUCCCCAGAAGAGCCGCUGAGCCCAGCGCACCCAGGAGCCAAGCCCAGAGGUGCCUGUCCAGCCCAAGCAGGCCUCUCCAGCAGGGGGCGCCCCGCGUCUGCCUGGAGCGGGCCUUGGCCGCCGACAUGGCUGUCCCCGGCUCGGAGUUCAAGGGGCGAAAUCGGAUUUCUGAACAAGUGCGCCCCAGCAGGACAGUCAGCCCGCCCCCGACCCCGGCCCCGGCAGCUGCCCCUCUGCCCCGUGGACCGACAGAGACCACCCCCAGCAUCCUCCUCACCAGAGCGGGGCGAGACCAGGCCAUCCGCGAGCUGCAGGAGGAGGUGUCCCGGCUCCGUCUGCGGCUGGAGGACAGUCUGCACCGGCCACCCCAGGGCGGACCGACGCACCGAGCAUCUGCCUCUGACCGCCCCGCCCGAAUCCGGGAUCGGCCAGCGGAUUCCUCAGCCACCUGGGGCUCCCACUAUGGCAGUAAAUCCACAGAGAGAUUGUCCUGUGAGCCUGGAGGUGAAGAACAGACCGUCUCCGCAGGAAGGCAGCGAGCCAGGUCCUCCUCAGUGCCUCGGGAGGUGCCCCGACUGUCCCUGAGUGUGGAGUCUGAGCCGCCCGCCCCCUGGCUGCUCUCUGAGAAGAGCAGGACCAGCGAGGACGGUCCAAGGGCAGCUCAGGACGGAAAGAGAGGGGUGUCCAGUGCCAGACGGCCAGACAGAGUCACCUUCCGGGGCCAGUACACAGGCCAGGAGUAUCAUGUUCUGCCCCCUAAGACUGUCCCCAAAGGCAAUGGCACAGUCACCUGUCCCCACUGCCACCCCAUCAGGACCCAGGAUGCAGGUGCUGCUGCCACCAGAGACCUGCUGGGACCAGCUCCCGCUGGUGUCCUUCACUGUCCCCUGUGUGGUCGAGCUGGACCCCCCCCAGAGGGAGAAGGCCCAGGCCCAGCCACCUCCGGUGCAGAGAAGGCAGCCACAAGGAGAAACGCACCAGCCACUUCCAGCCCCAAGCAGAGGAGCAAGCAUGCGGGGUCGCCGUCCCGGCCGCCCCCUGGACUAUGGUACCUGGCGGCCGCGCCCCCAGCACCAGCCCCUGCGGCCUUUGCCUACAUCUCCUCGGUUCCCAUCAUGCCUUAUCCGCCAGCCACUGUGUACCACGCAGCCGCAGGACCUACCUCAGCCCCCUCAGCCCCACCAGCCGCCGAGUGGCCCCCCGCGGCCUCCUCCCGGCCAGCCCGGGGACACCGGCACUCCAUCCAGCUCGACCUGGACGACCUGGAGGAGCUCAACGAGGCCCUGAGCCAGGCCGUCCGGGCGGCCGAGAGCGUCCGCGCCGCCACCAAGCAGAUGAGCCGCUCGCUGUCCGCCGACCUGCGCCAGGCUCGCAGCCUGCGGGGCUCCUGCCUCUUCUGAGUCCCGGGGGGCCCAGAGACACAUGGCUGGGCAGGUGGGCAGGUGGGCAGGGGGCCCGCUGCUACCCGCCAGCCAGGACUCGGCCGCAGCCACUGAGGCCCA